AUGGGGUCGCUCGGGGUGCACGGCAAGAGGCACCGGGUGUGCGUGGUGGGGUCGGGCAACUGGGGCACGACCAUCGCCAAAGUGGUGGCGGAGAAUGUGGGGGAGCACGCGGACAUCUUCGAGCCGGAGGUGCAGAUGUGGGUGUUCGAGGAAGAGUACCACCUCCCCUCCGACAGCAAACACUACGACGCCCACUCCGAGCUCAGCAAGAAGCCGCAGAAGCUGACGGACCUCAUCAACCACUUCCACGAGAACGUGAAAUACCUGCCCGGCAUCCCCAUCCCCGCCACCGUCAUCGCCAACCCGGACAUCGCCGCCGCAGUCAAGGACGCCACCAUCCUCGUCUUCAACCUGCCCCACCAAUUCAUCGGCAAAACCUGCGAGCAGCUCCACGGCAACAUCGUCCCCUACGCGCGCGGCAUCAGCUGCAUCAAAGGCCUCGCCGUGUCGGACCGUGGCUGCGAGCUCUUCAGCGAGAGCAUCGGGCAGAAACUCAACAUCUACUGCGGCGCGCUCAGCGGGGCCAACAUCGCCAACGAGGUCGCGCAGGAGAAAUUCUCCGAGACGACCGUCGCAUAUGACCCGCCGCCGAUGGACAGUAAACACCCCACCCCCGCUGGCACUCCGGGAGCAUCACCCCAUCAAUCCCAACUCGACUUGACGAAACUCAACAACGCCAACCCCGGCAGCACCAAGGGUAAGAAACGCAAACUCCAGCCCUUACCCUCCGACUACCCGCCCCUCAACCACGCCACCAUGAAGAAGCUCUUCCACCGCCCCUACUUCCACGUCCACCUCACCUCCGACGUCGCCGGCGUCUCCCUCGGCGGCGCGCUCAAGAACAUCGUCGCCCUCGCCGCCGGCUUCGUCGACGGGUUGGGCUGGGGCGACAAUGCCAAAGCCGCCGUCAUGCGCGUCGGCAUCCUCGAGGAAGUCAAGUUCGGCAAGACCUUCUUCUCCGACUCCCCCACCUCUUCGCCCGUGAGGACGGAGACGUUUACGGAGGAGAGUUGUGGCGUCGCGGAUCUCAUCACGUCGUGCUCCGGUGGCCGGAAUUUCCGGUGUGCGAGGAUGAGUGUCGCGGAGAAGAUACCCAUCGAAGAGAUCGAAAAGCGGGAGUUGAAUGGGCAGAAAUUGCAGGGGACGAGUACGGCGUAUGAGGUGAACGCGUUCUUGAAGAAGGAGGGCAAGGAGAAGGAAUUUCCGUUGUUCACGGCCGUGUACAAUAUUCUCGAGGGGAAGAACAGGCCGGAGGAGAUUCCGAGGUUGAUUGAGAGGGCAGAUGAGGAGGAGGAGGUGGAUGGCCAUACGUAG